AUGGAGUUGGAUUGGAUGAGAAGAGUGAGAGUUAUCAAAGAUGUGGCUCAUGCUCUAUCUUACAUGCACCAUGACUGUAUUCCAUCCAUAUUUCACAGAGACAUAUCCAGCAAGAACAUACUCUUGGAUUUUGAUUUCAAGGCUUGUGUCUUAGAUUUUGGUGCUGAUAGACUCCUGAAACCUGAUUCCUCUAAUUGGACUUCUCUUACCGGAACUCAUUGUUAUUUUUGGAGUGAUGGCACUAGAAGUGAUGGUGAGAAAUCAUCUAAUGGAACUCUUGUCUUCAUUACUGUCAUCAACCGAGCAAAGCAUGCUGGUGAAGGAUAUCAAACCAUCUUUGAAACCCAACCAUCAGUGUCUGCACAUAAGGCAGGAGUUGAUGCUACUUCAAUUGAUGUUUAUAAUGUGGAUGAACAUCUUGCUCAGUUAUCUCCAAGUUCUUCUAUUCGUGAUGGUGGUGAGAAGACGUCCUCUCUAGCUAAUAAAGCAAAGGAACUGAAUACUGAUCUCUGUCAUGCAAUCCCUGCAUCAAAAAAAUAG